GGAGGGCGCUCGCGGCGGAAGUCGAGGGAAAGCUUCCGGGCCGGGCUCGCAGCGUGAGGGGCCAUGGUCCGGCGCGCCGGGCGGGAGAGGAGGGCGGCGGGGGGCGGCCCUGCCGCAAUCCCUAGCCCGCUCUCCUCUGAGGACGAGGCGGACGAGGCCCCGGAGGAGGUGUCCUUCGGCGUGGCGAGGGCCGCGGCCGAGACCGAACGGAAGAUCGCGGGGGAGGCGGCGCGUAGGCACCAGGAGCUGCGGAAGGAGAAGCGGCGGCGGCGCGACGAGCUGUUCAAGGAGCAGAAGAGAAGGAAGCUGCUCCCCGAGGCUGUGCUGCAGGAGCUGGCCGCCGCGCCGUCCGGCGGACAAAAUGAGGUGACUCAUGCAGCUGACCAAGAUGAACACCCUGAAGCUGGGGCUGCAAAGCAGAGCGAUGGACAUGUUCCAGGACAGCUCAAGAAAGACAAACCAAGGGGUACCAGGUCAAAAGGAAACUAUAUGGCUGUGCACUUAAAAGAUCAGAGUUUAACAGGCCUCCACCAACAGACAGCCAAAGACUUUUUGUACACUCAGCUCUAUGGACCAGGCACUAACAGAAUGCAUGCAAAUGAGUUUUUUUCCCUUGAAAACAAGAAAAACCCAGUUAAAAAAGCUGCAGUUCAGUUUGUGGACAAAUCUUGGGGUCUAGAAGAAAAGGAAAAAGCAACAAAGUUUAAGAAAUGCUGGCUCGCAGCAAAGAUGAAGAGUCUCGUGUGAAGACAGCUUUUUCAGAAGGUGCUGUCAAGGACUUGUACUGAAAGUUAAUGUCUCAGCACAUGCCUGUAACAAGAGAAUUUUUUUUUUUCCUCCUUCCUUCUCAUUCAUCCCCCACGACUCUCUUUAGCUUUCAGCUGCAGACUGAUUUAGAACACUGAUUUAGAACAGCAGGUGUUACACAAGACCAGUUUGAUAUAGCUGGCAUCUAUUGCUGGCAGAGAAUAAAGAUGAAUGAUUUUGUACAUGCUGCUGACCUGGAUGGUGCAUUUCUUAUAACAAUAAAUUAUUCCUGCUUUUUCA